CACUGGUACACACCAUCUAAUCAUCAUGCAAAUGCUAUUAGUGCCGGCAACUCGCUCCGGCUUCUCUGUGGCGGCGGCGUGUCCCUUUCCUCCCCCUCACCGUCGCCGGCCACCGCUCACUUCCCCUCCAAAUUUUCUCACUUCACUUGAAACCACGAAACCGAAGCAACCAUUCUCCCCGCUUGCUUCCUGGAAUCAUCUCGAUGUUAAAAGAUCUAAGCUUUUUUUGAGCAGAGCGUCUUCUUCUUCAGUUUCUUCACCUAGUUUUACCUCCUUUAAUGAUGAGGCUGACAAGGCAAAGCUCGCCCAGGUUGCGAAGAGGUUAGAGACGACAUCGAGGCACUUUAAGCGAUUGGGGAAUUUAGGGUUUUGGGGGCAGCUAGUUUGCACGGUGGUGUCAGCGGUGAUACUUUCGUUCUCGGUUGUGGUUACUGGGAAAAUUACAUCGCCUGCUACUUUUUAUGCUACCGCUGGUGGAAUUAUAGCUGCGUUCAUAUCCGUUUUUUGGUCAUUUGGUUAUAUUCGGCUUUCGGAGAAACUCAAGAGGACUGCUAAUGAUCCAUCAAAGGCUCCUCCACGAAUCGAUGUUGUGAAAAGCUUGAAAAAUGGUAUAGUGCUGAAUCUUUUGGGAAUGGGUGCUGCUAUUCUUGGCAUGCAAGCAACGGUGGGCUUACUAGUUGCAAAGGCCCUUACCACUUCAACAACUCCUUAUUACCAAGGAAUUGCGCCCGGCUCUAGUCCGGUUCUUGCCUUGGAUGUAUUCUUGGUGCAGGCAUCAGCUAACACUAUCCUUUCACAUUUUCUGGGGCUGGUGUUCUCGCUCGAACUGUUGCGGUCGGUAACACUGCCUGAUAUAGAGACUAUUCCAAUUCCCAAGAUUGCGUAAGUUCCGCCCUUCUUGGUAAAUAUUAUGAAUUGAAGCUCGUCGACUGGAACAUGAUUUUGUGGCCAUGACUGUUGAAAUGUGGAAUAGAUGAAUUUGAAAUUACAUCUGAUGGGUGUUUCACAA